AUGAGGGGAAAGAACCCGAUCGCUCGAUGCGGGGCUAUGAUGAAUCUGCGUGAGCAUCUCACAAGUCGGGAUGACAUGGAAAGACCGACAAGAAACGACAGAGAAUGUUCUCAUCUCCGUCAGGCGGCGGAACAGGAUGGGGACUAUGGAAGUCCCCCUCUGGGGAUUGUGGUAGUCCCCCCAAUGGGGACUGUGACUGGAAUGGCAAUGGAAACUGGAGAGCAGUCCCGAAAAAGAAGCAACACACUCUCAUGCAAGCGAAAAGAAGAGCAGCAGGUUCAGCCCGACCAUCCCCCUGCUCCCAAGAAACCCCGGCUAGUUUUCACCGAUUUACAGCGACGAACCCUCCAAGCUAUUUUUAAGGUCAGUCCCCACGAUUCCCCCCACUCCAGACCUGUUUCGAGGAAUCCCAACGACCCCUUCAUGCCACAGGAGACGAAAAGGCCUUCGAAAGAGAUGCAAGUGACCAUCGCCCGCCAGCUGGGCCUGGAGCCACAGACAGUGGGGAACUUCUUCAUGAACGCAAGGCGCCGGAGCCAGGACAAGUGGAAGGACGAUGACACAGUGUCGUGUGGGGGGAAGACGUCCGGCGGGAGCACCCCCAGCUCGGAGGAGAACCUGAGCCCCAAUCCCCACGCCGCCCCACCACCGCCCCACCACGGUCACAUCCUCGCGGUCCCACCUCAUUCCAUGGCGCAUCUCGGCUCUCAACAUCCCGACAACUUGUGA